UUUGCCCGCUGGACCCCCGGCCUGCGCGUCAAGGAGUUCCACGGCACCAGCAAGGCAGAGCGCACCAGGAACCUGGAGAGGGUCCAGAGGAAGAACGGCAUCGUCAUCACCAGCUACCAGAUGCUCAUUAACAACUGGAAGCAGCUUGCCAGCAGCCACGAGCAGGAGUUCGUCUGGGACUACGUCAUCCUCGAUGAAGCACAUAAAAUCAAGUGCCCGUCUAACAAAACGACCAAGUGUGUGUACGCGAUUCCCGCCAAGCAUCGCCUGCUCCUCACGGGCACCCCGGUGCAGAACAACCUGCGGGAAAUGUGGUCCUUGUUUGACUUUGCGUGCCAAGGCUCCCUCUUGGGAACGGCCAAAACUUUUAGAAUGGAAUACGAGAAUCCUAUUACGAGGGCAAGGGAGAAGGAUGCGACUCUAGGCGAGAAAGCACUGGGGCUAAAGAUAUCCGAGAAUCUAAUGACAAUUAUAAAGCCGUAUUUCCUCAGAAGAACCAAAGACGAUAUCAAAAACAGUCACACUGACAAACCAGACGCUCCUCUUCCUGAGGAUCCCAGUGAGAACAGCGCUCCUGUCAUGCCAUCUCUCACUAGGAAAAAUGACUUUGUUGUGUGGGUGUACUUGGCACCAGUGCAGGAAGAAAUCUACAGGAACUUUCUCUCUCUGGAUCACGUGAAAGAAGUGCUGAUGACAACCCGAUCGCCUUUGGCUGAGCUGACUGUCUUGAAGAAGCUGUGUGACCAUCCCAGGCUUCUGUCUGCGAGAGCAUGUAUCCAGCUGGGCUUGGAGGAACAGGAGCACUCUGAGCAGGCUCACGGGAGCGAAGCAGGUGUGCUGUCAGGUGCUAAUAAAAUAGAUCAUCUCUCUGAUGAGACUGUGAUUCAGGAGUCUGGGAAAAUGCUGUUCCUUGUAGGACUUCUAGAAAGACUGCGGGAGGAGGGACACCGAACCCUGGUGUUCUCGCAGUCGAGGAAGAUGCUGGAUAUCAUAGAGCAUGUCUUGUCUCGCAGACAGUUCAAGAUCAUGCGCAUUGACGGAACGGUAACCCACCUAACAGAGCGGGAGAAGCGCAUCCACGCCUUCCAGAGCAACAAGGACCACUCCGUCUUCCUGCUCACCACACAAGUUGGUGGUGUUGGUAUAACCUUAACUGCAGCCAGCCGAGUGGUGAUCUUCGAUCCCAGCUGGAAUCCAGCUACAGAUGCUCAGGCUGUAGACAGGGCUUACAGGAUUGGGCAAAAAGAGAACGUCAUAAUUUAUAGACUGAUUACCUGCGGUACGGUGGAAGAGAAAAUAUACAGGCGACAAGUAUUUAAGGAUUCACUGAUCAGACAGACUACCGGUGACAAAAAGAACCCCUUCAGGUAUUUCUCCAAACAGGAACUAAGGGAGCUCUUCACACUAGAAGAUACUCGAACAUCCGCCACUCAGAUCCAGCUGCAGUCUUUGCACGCCACCCAGAGAAAGACUGACCUGCAGCUGGAUGAACACAUUGCUUAUCUGCACUCUCUGGAAAUGUUUGGCAUUUCCGACCAUGACUUGAUAUACACGAGGGAAAUGGCUCACGAGGAGCAGGUCGAGAGCGAGGAAGCCCAUCAGUACAUUCAACGGAGGGUACAGAAAGCCCACGAGCUAGUUCAGUUAGAGUCCCAGCUUAGAGACCAGAGGAUAGAGGACAUCAGAAACGCUUGUGAAGUGAUGUGGCAAAGACCACCAGAAUUGGUUUCUGAGCCAAAGAAGUUGUCUCCAGGGUUGAACAACAUAAAUCGCUUUGUUUCACCACCAGCAGCUGAUAAACAUGAAAAUGACAAAGUUAUUGAUCUCACAGAGGACAAGGAGGUCCCGGUUCUUAAUGUCAGCUCCAGAAUGACAAGCCUGACUAUUGAUGACUUGGAUGAAGAGAAACUGGCACAAGAUGUGUCCAGUGUGGAUACUGAGCUGCUUAAUACCAGCAAGACAGUGAAACAAUCCAAUAUGCAGGAAUGUGAGCAAAAUCUUGGGUCAAGCAUUAUACCAUCAUCACCUGGCCUCCAUCCACUUGACAAAGAGAGUCAGAGUCCUGAGCAGAAACAGAACAGAACAGAUAGCUUGACUGAGGCAGGGAACGGCCUGUCUGGGCAUCGUCAGCAUUCCUCGGACGAGUCUGGUACGGCUGAUGAUCCCCAAAGGUUAACAGAUGCCGAAACGUCAGAUCAGGUUCUUGGCCCACAUGCUGCCUUGGGCACAGGUAAGAACGACGUUUCUGAGCCAGCUUUGGCUGCUGCAGUGCCAAGAGUAGCAAACGUUACGCCAGAAAUCCAUGCUGGGCUCCAGAAGUCUCUCAUGCUGGAAACCAGCUUGGAGGAUAUGUCUGUGCCUUCUCUCCAGGAUCAGGUUGACUUCAAUCUGGUCUUGGAGGAGUCUGAAGAUGGGUGGCAGGACGCAGAAAGCUUUUAUAAAUCGCCAACGAAAACUGGGCCAAGUGAGAGCAGCGACUGUGGAAAACCCUGUCACGCCGCUGAAGAAGAGCCAAAUAAUUCCCUGCAAGGGAGUGAGGCAUCAGAGGAAAGCAGUGAGGCCGUUGCUUUCAGCAGAAAGAAAUGCUUACAGAGAAUUGUUUCAGACAGUGAGGAUGAAGACUGUUCCCUUAUGAUCUUGGAGGAAAACCAGCCUGAAAAAAGGCCCUCUCCCUUGAACAGCCCUUUGCAUCCCUUUCUGGAAGGAAUUAGUGCGUCCACUCCUAAAUGUGACAGAAACAUAGCAAAAGCCAUCUUUUCUCCCCAACUAACUAACAGUGGUAACAGGUCUACUGCUUCCAGGCGCUCUCUCAUCAACAAGGUGGUAGAUGAGGUUGAAGAUAUCGGAGAAAUGAUGGGAACCACUGAUAUAGAAGAUGACGAUGACAGUGAUGAGGAGCAAGACGACCUUGUGGAAGAAGAAGCUGAAGAGUGUAGUGGGGAAUCUGCUGAGACUGAAGAAGAACCUGCUGGAGAAACGCUUGAUACAGCUGAAGAACCCUUCCACGGCCUGCCCUCCGAGCAGUCUGAAGCAGGCGAGACCGAGUCCUCUCAGGAGGAAUCCACUGGCGAUGCUGAGCUUCAGUUGGGUGAGCAGAUAGACUACUUCACCCAGGCCAGCGCCUCUGAGGGAGAGGCUGGCCAGAACUCCUCUCCUGCCGUAGGUGAUUACAACACCUUGGUAGAUAGUGGGAAGAAACUGAUGGAGGACGGAAAACUACAGGAGGCAUUGAACUGUUUCCUCCAAGCCCUGGAUAUAAAAAGUGGAGAUCCUGAAAUUAUGCUCAUGACUUUAAACUUGUAUAGACAGCUAGACCAGAAAUGA